AGGCCCAGUUAGCUCAGGCCGUCAUGUUCCGACAUCAAUGGAGAGUACUCGGGGCGAGUGCUUUAUGUUUCCUCGACGCACUGACCGCAGCUUUCCCGCUCCCUAAACCCUUCCAUCGCCUUCACUGCUCCGAUUCAUAUCUUCCUGCUCCGCUUAACCUAGCUCAGUUCAGGAAGCAAAAUAAAUUUGCAAAAUGGAUGACAAUUUGUAUGAUGAGUUUGGGAACUACAUUGGACCUGAAAUAGAGUCUGAUAGAGAGAGCGAAGGGGAGGAUGAAGAUGAGGACCUCCCAGACCAGCACGUAGAGGAUGGUGCAGAAUCUGAUGGUGAGGCAUCACCUGGUGCUUCUAAUGGGUGGAUAACUGCCUCUACUGAUGUUGAUAUGGAUAAUCAGAUUGUUCUUGCUGAGGACAAGAAAUACUACCCAACUGCUGAAGAGGUGUAUGGCGAGGAUGUUGAGACGUUGGUUAUGGAUGAAGAUGAGCUGCCUCUUGAGCAACCCAUUAUUAAACCUGUUAAGAACAUCAAGUUUGAGGUUGGAGUGAAGGACUCCUCGACUUACGUUUCAACCCAGUUUUUGAUUGGUUUGAUGUCGAAUCCGGCUCUGGUUCGAAAUGUUGCCCUUGUGGGGCAUUUACAACAUGGAAAGACAGUGUUUAUGGAUAUGCUUGUUGAACAAACCCACCAUAUGUCCACUUUUGAUGCAAAGAGUGAGAAGCACAUGAGGUACACAGAUACAAGGAUUGACGAGCAAGAAAGAAAGAUAUCCAUCAAGGCAAUUCCAAUGUCACUUGUGCUUGAGGAUAGUAACUCAAAAUCAUACCUGUGUAACAUCAUGGACACCCCUGGUCAUGCCAAUUUUUCUGAUGAAAUGACUGCUGCUCUCAGGCUUGCCGAUGGUGCUGUCUUGGUUGUUGAUGCUGCUGAAGGAGUGAUGGUAAACACAGAGAGGGCUAUACGCCAUGCAAUACAGGAGCGCCUGCCUAUUGUAGUUGUAAUCAAUAAAGUUGACAGACUGAUAACUGAACUCAAACUACCCCCAAAGGAUGCUUACCAUAAGCUAAGGCAUACACUGGAGGUCAUUAAUAACCAUAUUUCUGCAGCAUCAACAACUGCUGGGAAUGUUCCAGUUAUUGAUCCAGCUGCUGGAAAUGUUUGUUUUGCAAGUGCAAGUGCAGGAUGGUCCUUCACUUUGCAAUCAUUUGCAAAACUCUAUGUCAAACUCCAUGGGAUUCCAUUUGAUUCUGAGAAGUUUGCAUCUCGUCUCUGGGGAGAUUUUUACUAUCAUCCAGAUACAAGGGCUUUCAAAAGGAAACCUCCAGCAAGUGGAGGAGAAAGAUCAUUUGUCCAAUUUCUCCUGGAACCUCUCUAUAAAAUAUAUAGCCAGGUGAUAGGGGAACAUAGGAAGAGUGUGGAGGCGACACUUGCUGAAUUGGGUGUGACUCUUAGCAAUGCUGCAUACAAGUUGAAUGUCAGACCUUUGUUAAGGCUGGCUUGCAGUUCUGUUUUUGGAUCAGCCUCAGGCUUCACUGAUAUGCUGGUUGCACACAUACCUUCUCCUAAAGAUUCUGCAUCUAGGAAGAUUGAUCAUAUAUACACUGGACCCAAAAAUUCUAUGAUUUACAGUGCCAUGGUGGAUUGUGAUCCAUCUGGCCCCCUCAUGGUCAAUGUAACCAAAUUGUAUCCCAAGUCCGAUUGUAGUGUCUUUGAUGCUUUUGGUAGGGUUUAUGGUGGUAAAAUUCAGACAGGGCAAACAGUGCGAGUACUGGGAGAAGGCUAUUCACCAGAGGAUGAGGAAGACAUGACAGUAAAAGAAGUAACUAAACUGUGGAUUUAUCAAGCUCGAUAUAGGAUUCCCAUAAGCAGUGCCCUUCCAGGUUCUUGGGUCCUCAUUGAAGGUGUUGAUGCAUCAAUAAUGAAAACUGCCACCCUGUGUAAUGUUGAUCUUGAUGAGGAUGUGUAUAUAUUCCGACCCUUACAAUUCAAUACCCUUCCUGUGGUGAAAACUGCUACUGAGCCUUUAAAUCCAAGUGAGUUGCCCAAGAUGGUGGAGGGGCUUCGAAAGAUUAGCAAAAGUUACCCUCUAGCUAUUACUAAAGUAGAGGAGUCUGGUGAGCACACUAUUUUAGGUACUGGAGAGUUGUACUUAGAUUCAAUUAUGAAGGACCUUAGAGAGCUUUAUUCAGAGGUGGAAGUCAAGGUGGCAGAUCCUGUUGUAUCAUUCUGUGAAACAGUGGUGGAAUCUUCAUCAAUGAAGUGUUUUGCUGAAACACCCAACAAGAAGAAUAAGAUAACCAUGAUUGCUGAGCCCCUGGAGCGAGGACUUGCAGAGGACAUUGAAAAUGGUGUUGUAAGCAUUGACUGGAGUCGAAAAAUACUUGGUGACUUCUUCAAGACAAAAUAUGACUGGGAUUUGCUUGCCGCACGUUCUAUAUGGGCAUUUGGCCCUGAUAAGCAGGGACCUAACAUUUUGUUAGAUGACACACUCCCAACUGAAGUUGAUAAGGGCUUGCUGGGUGCUGUCAAGGAUUCCAUUGUUCAAGGAUUUCAGUGGGGAGCUAGAGAAGGACCUCUCUGUGAUGAGCCAAUCAGAAAUGUUAAGUUCAAAAUUGUGGAUGCUAGGAUUGCACCUGAACCAUUGAAUCGGGGAUCUGGUCAGAUCAUUCCAACAGCUCGACGUGUAGCCUAUUCAGCUUUCCUUAUGGCAACACCUCGACUUAUGGAACCAGUAUAUUAUGUGGAGAUACAGACACCAAUCGACUGUGUCUCUGCUAUCUAUACAGUGUUGUCCCGUAGGCGUGGACAUGUUACAGCUGAUGUGCCUCAGCCAGGGACACCAGCUUAUAUUGUGAAGGCAUUUCUACCUGUGAUUGAGUCAUUUGGAUUUGAGACUGACUUGAGGUACCAUACUCAAGGGCAAGCAUUUUGUCUAUCUGUUUUUGAUCACUGGGCUAUAGUCCCUGGAGAUCCACUUGAUAAGAGCAUAGUUCUAAGGCCUCUUGAACCUGCACCCAUCCAGCAUCUCGCUCGUGAAUUUAUGGUAAAGACAAGGCGUAGGAAGGGCAUGAGUGAAGAUGUGAGCAUCAACAAGUUCUUCGACGAGGCAAUGAUGGUGGAGUUGGCUCAGCAGGCUGCCGAUCUUCAUCAGCAAAUGAUAUAACAGAAACAAGUUUCUUGUCUCUAGUAUGUGAUAGAAUAGUUUUAUGUGUUUUUGUUUUUCCAAACAGCAGAAACGAUAUUUCCUUGUAUGAUACAAAGUUGAGUUUUAGCAUAGCACUAGUUACCCUGCUAACUGCUUGCUUCACUCUCGGCAAACUUGAACGCAUUGCGUUACAUAAUUUGAGACGAUCUAUCUCAUUUAGACUGCAUUUUGAAUUUUGACUAUUAAAUCGUAUGUUUAGUA